AUGAUCCAUCAGGUAGAAAAUAGUUCCAAUAUAUUCCAGGAAAAUGAUGGCCGAUGUUCUGUAUCUCCUAUUUCCCCUGAAACAAAUUCUAACGAUACUCAUAAACAAGUAGUCUCACAAAGUAAGGAUGCGCCGGCAUCGGAAGACAAGGAAAUGGAUGCUUUCUUGAAUGAGCAGAGAAAUUGGGAAAAGAAACUUCAAGCCCAAGAAUCCCAUCCUGAAGAGAAAAUGCCUCAAGAGCUCAACUCAGUUAUUCAACCAUGCAAUAAUUUAACAUCCGAAGUCAGUGAAAACGUCGACCUAGGUUCGCUCAAGUGUCCUACCUCUGAUGCAGUGAUCUAUGAUCAAAAGAGAGUUGCUGGGGAAAAUGAUAAAGAUUCGAAAUUACCAGAAGUUGAGGUAAAUACAUCUACUAAAUCUAUUCCUACUGAUUCAGAAAAAUUACCAAAUACCAAAGCAAGUGUACCAUCCCCAUCCUAU